AUGCAAGAAGAAAAAGCUACCUACGCUAUGCUGGUUGGAGUCCCCAAAGCAAGCAAAGAACUUAACAUUACUCCAGAACUACUCACUCGAUGAAUAAAACUGAUGAAUUUUCAAGAUUCCAAACUAUUCCGCAGACUCCGUGAAAAAAUCCUUGAAAGAGCCAUGAAAAAAAAUGCACGAAAUGCAGCUCGUCACUUUGGGUUGACAGAAAAUAUAGUGGUUGAAAUGCUUAAAGAAUACCUUUCGGACGAAGCUAAUAAUCCAGAUAAUACAAUUUAUCCACAUAAUACUUAUGAUAGGUUUGCACAAACAUGUAAUUUUAUUCAGCAGCCGAAUUGGAAGCACAUUGGAAUUCAGACUGAAUCGCAGGCGGAACAUCAGCCUUCAAAGUAUAAUAGCAAAUAA